CUCAACCAGAGUUUUCUCAGGUCGUUCCUGUCACGGUUCCUGUGUGUGCGUGCCAGUGUCUAUGCUGUCCGUGGCCAAGUUUCUGAAAGCCACCCCAAAACGACGUCGGACAGACUUCGUUAUGUGAAAUGAACUGUUUGGAAUCCUUCUGAUGCAGCACCAUGGUAUGUGAGCCGAGCCCAUGGGGAACGCGCUGUGCUGCUGCCUUGGCCAGGAUGCGUCGACCGGCGACAACCCGCUAAAGUUUCUCGACCCAGCGUGCUCCAAGGGCGGAACCACGGGUGUCACCAACAGCCAGGCCGCUGCCACGGGGCCCGCCUACGCGGCGGGCACCUCCACGACACCCACCGGCGGUUGUGGCGGCCUAGGCUCCACGGUUUCCAGCACGCCAGUGACCACACCAACCGGCUUCGCCGGUCUCAUUGCCAACUCGGCUGCAGCCACAUCAGAGUCCAACGUGGCCACUUCGACCGCUCCAGCAGCAGCUCCACGGACCAGUAUCGGUGAACGGUUUAUGUUCUAUCCGCGCCUCCAGCGAGAUGCGGCACGCCGCGGCACAUUCGAGCCCCGGCAUUCUGAGGCCCGUGCCGGUGCACUCUUUGAGAAGUAUAGGGACUCUGAGGAGGACGCUGUGCUCGCCGAGGGCAUUGUGCGCCUCUGCGAUGACCUGGGAGUGAGGCCCGAAGAGUUCCGUGUUCUUCUUCUUGCAUGGAAGUUUGGUGCCCAACAGAUGUGCCGGUUCACGAGAGACGAGUUCCUUGGGGGCUGCCGUGCCCUCCGCGCUGACUCGAUCUCCGCCAUCCAGGCACGGUUCCCGGAACUCUUGGCCGAGGCCCGCGAACCAACCCGGUUCCGCGACCUCUACCGUUUCACAUUCCGUUUUGGGCUUGAGUCGGGGCAGCGCACACUGCCGACGGACAUGGCCGCCCAGCUCUGGCGCCUUGUGUUCUCCCAGGAGCCGCCGUUAGUGCUCGAGCGCUGGUUGGCUUUCCUUGAGACCCACCCUGAGGUGCGCGGCAUCACUAGUGACACAUGGAACAUGUUUUUGCACUUUGCGGAGACUGCGGGUCGCGACCUCAGCACGUAUGACGACUCAGAGGCAUGGCCUAGCCUCUUCGAUGACUUUGUUGAGUACGAGAACGACCAGACGAACCAGAAUGUGCUUCACCAGGUGAACAAAGGCGGAAGUGAUGUGAAAGCCGAGUGACGGUGCAUCGCCAAAGGGUUGUGACUAAUCGGAAUCAUCGAGCUGGUCGAGUGCAGCAAGCUCCAUGGCCGCCUGGAACACGGUCCCGACAGCUGACAUGCUGCAUCCUGUGCCGGAUUUUACAGAAGUCGUAUGGCUGGGAGCACAUGAAAAGCCUAUGCUAUGUUUUGAGCUUUGAACCCUACAUGUGAUCACAUUCGUAGACUGCAUUUUUGACUGCAGGUUCGCAGAAAGGCUCCUAGAAGACCGUGUUAGUAGGCCUCACAGAGAGGGCUGGCGUUCGAAAUGCUAGAGCACAAUCUUUGUCGAUGACGUAGCAGCACACAAGGAAGGAAACUUCCCUUGACUUGACCAAACAGAUUUGUGGCAUGAAAUAGUUUUCUUUAUUCAGAUUCAGUUAGACAUAUAAAGAAUGCGAGUCAAAUUUGUUUUGCCGGUGAAACCCACACUUCAAAAUGGAUGAAGCAUUUCCGCCGCACCUUCUGCAUCAGCUGUUGCAUCGCCACGUGAUGUCGAGAUGUGAAUUUACGUGACAAGCGUGUGCGUGCCUUGAGAGCAUAGAGAACUAGUCAUCGCACCUGUGCUCACUGGAGGGUGUAGUGAUUUGGCUUUGGUAAUAGUGUUUUGCAUUACAUGAGGCAUAGAGUGUUUGUAUGUUGUCGACAAAAACAGAAACAAAAAGCACGCUGGUCUUCUAUUUUUAUAGUGUAUACUGUGGCUUAAUAUAAAGUACUUCAGUGGCACUUGAGCAUGUGACACUCCUGUUGUCUCCUUUUCCUUGUCUGCCGUUUCUUAAGCUGCAUUCAGAUGGCGGACAUGAUUGCAGACAAAUCAAUAGUGUGACGUAUCAUGUAGAUGCAAUCACUCCGCGGAUGGCAUUGACACAACAGAGGAAUGGAGAAACUAACCCUGCUUUCUCUUCUUGAAGUAUGGGAGGUGGCGUAAACACAUUGGAACGUUACGCUUUUCACUAGUGGCCAUCCAGCUUGCAGCAUAAGCGGCACCUUCUUGUUGCACUUGUUUCCAUUCAACAAACAACCUAAAGAUGGUUGUUGCCAGACUGAGGCAUUUUGCUGUCAGUAUUUUGGCCUUUCUAGCCCAAUAUAGUCAUUUGGUUUUUGACCGUGUCUCGAAUCACAUCGCACAGAUGAUCUCAUGAUAUACGAUCAGCAAGCUCAAAUUGCAGUUCUGUCCAUCAUGUGAAUCCAGCUUUAUUUACAAUUUUUCCUUUGGAUGUCAGCACACAGUGCCUGUAAACUGUUGCUUUGUUCAUUUGGUGAUGUCUCUUUAAAGGCAAUGCUCUCUUGUGUAGUGUUCAUAGCACUCGUUGAAAACCUUUGAACAUAAAUAAGGCUUUUCUUCAGGGUCUUGAAAAGCCAUUUAUUCUCAUGAAGCAUUUGCAAAAUCUUAAAAGUUCAUUUUAUGUUUAGGCUUAGCAGAUGUUCGUACAUCUGGCCACUAGAUUGGUGUAAUCCCUAAGCCAAGCCAGUCCAGUCUUGCUCACAGAAUCAUCAUAAUGGCUGAUUAGCUAAGCCUCUUUUGUGUAUAGUUUCCAUUUUUGUAAAUUAAGAAAAAAGCUUGCUUGUUGUUUAAGACAAUACCUUGUUUACGGCCUGUCAAACAUGACAAUUUUUUUUUUUUUGCAUUCUUUAAAAUGGUCUUUCAAGAUCUUGCAAGUUCAUUAAAGGCCUUGAAUUUCAUCCACAGAACCAUCUGUGAAACAUGCCACUGGGAAGCCACUUUCUUGCGAGGAGAUUCUGAAGAUUUUUGCAAGAAUUUUUUUUAGUAGGUAGUACGAGUGUUAUGCCUUAAAAUCUCUUGGCAUUGCUGCUGCACAACAAAACUUUAUUCAUUUCUUUUGUACAAAGGGUGAAGGACAUCUGUAUUGGAGUACAUAUGCUGUGUCUUCCUCGUAGCUGGCCGCGAGUGCAUUUGCUGCGCUCUUACAAAUCACUUGCAGCUGCACUGCGGCCAUUGUUGAUGGAUGUGUAUAUUGUGUGUGACAACGAAUAAAGCAAGAUUCUGGCAGUUGAUGAAACUAUGCAGCUGCAUUGGGCAGUAUUGGCACUGAGCCGACGGAUGAGGUAUGCUUGUGCUUUUUGUCAAUUGGACAAACAAGCACCAAUCAGAGCUCUCGAAGCGUUCUCGCACGCGACUUUCAGCGGUCAAACAAGAAGCAUGAGUAUGGUUCAGUGUUUAUGAAAAGGUACGCUUUUGCAUCACGAAAGCAUUCAAGUUCAGUCCUCUUGGCUUGUUAGCUAUGAAGCACAGCGGCAUAAAUGUUAGCGUAAAGACAUAUGGCACAUGCCUGCGGUGGGUCAUUGGCCAAGAAUCGGGUGUUUACCAGAGAGUGAUUAAGGUGAGGUGAACUAUUUUAGGGGUUGUCACAUACACAAAGAAAAUGUAUCAAAUAGGAAUCGAAGAAUAAAGAAGGAACAAUUCAAUAAGAUAUUAAUCAUUUGGUUUCACUAGGAAGUCCCAGAUUGCGGAGCAAAUAUUUCUCUGACUAGACCCAAUAGAGGCUCCAAAAACAGUAUUACUGGAAUAGGUGCAUCUAGAGCAAGAAUUUAUUGUAAAGCUUGUGGUACUUCUUUGUUUCCUUUAAGCGGAGAAACGCUGACGCAACUAAAAAGGGAAAUGUGAUCGGUCAUUUUAACUUUGCCUCAAAAUGAGCUGAAGGGGUGAAAACCAGUCUGGGCUUGUGUAAUGAACAUCCACAGAAUAAUGUCUUGCCUUUUUUUUUUUUCAUUUUUCAUCUUUUCUUUCUUCGGGGAGAACCAAGAAUUGGUGGCGAAGGCAACGUACAGCGCAAUCCACUAAUAAAUGGUAGAACAUGUUGCAAAUUUUUUCUUUCUGGCAAAUGUACAAUCGCCCGUCUCUGCAGCAGAUUACUUCUGGUUAGUGGCAGCGGCAUCAUUCUACGCGUCUGUGCAGUGCAUUGACAUAGCUUCAGCCAACACUGGCAGCUAGGCCAACAGAAAAGCGAGAGCCGCUCACCGGUGUGCUCGCUUUAACAGUGGACCACACUGUCUGCUUCCACUUGACAUUAACAUUCUCAUCACACAACGUAUUGCAUCAGGCCGUUCUCUACACUGUGUGGACGCUUCGUCUUCAGAACAGUAAUUUUAACUUAUUUAACCCACAUGCACUACUUCUAAUACUUCUGCUGCUGUUCUCUCAGUAAAAACCAGCAUCAGAUUGUUUGAUUGGUUCACUGAUUGAAGCUCCUUUAUUUUUAAAGGGCGUCUGCACACAGGGAUUCUGUUUGGGAAGAGGGGGCCUUGUCAUACCGUGCGUCACUCAGUCUGUCCCAGGUCUUGGUUAAGGAUCUAGACGGGCUACAAGUGGGCUUAUGCUGAGGCUAGGGUAGCAGCCAGAUGGUUAGCUGGUUUCUCCCUCUUGGUGCCAGCUGUCGUUUCGACCUCCACACCAGUACGACAUAUGACGGUUAUCUCAAUAUCGGUGCAUUACAAGCUGUGUCGCAUGCUUAAAGGUGUUGCUACAUAGCAGAUGACUCUGUUUGUUGGUACUAUUGGAUUUAUUCCCAAUUCCUGAAACUUUCGUUAAUUUCUUGAAGUAUAUAUUUUAUCGUCUAGACUGCUAUGUCUUGCCAAGUUGUUUGUAGGCUACCAAUAUGCCUGACAAGUAAAUAAAUUGCGAUUACAGCGGGAAAAUUUUAAAAGUGCACCAAGCUUCUUACGACGUGUUUGAGUGAAUUUCAAUUGGGAGAAGUUUGUACUUGAUGCAUCACCACUUUAUUUUGUUUGUAUGUUUGCACGCAGCACAUUUAGAGACACAUUCCCUCUUCUUUCUUGAUGCUUUUUUUUUUUUUUCAUUUACAAAAGUGGCAACCCUAGCUGAGGUAAGAUGGACUAGAUUAGGAGGGAGGCUAAUAAUCAACUGCGUUACACUGCUCUGUGCAGGUGACCACGGCUUUGCUCACGGAUUCUGACGCAUGGUGUUUAUUUGCCAAACAAAGUGUGCAGGCUCCUACUAGCCAAAAACUGUACAAGGGCAAACGCCUAGGGCAGUGUAUUGUCGAACUGGUGCUAGCUUAGUUCUGAAAUUCCUUCAAAAGAAAGAGUGCUUUGAUCGCCAUCUAGGCAGUCCAUGUUGAGACCUUCAUGUGGACAUGAACGUUUUACCUUAGUUGUUGCCUCUCCAAACCAAAGCUAUCGUGCAGUUCCAUUCACAAUAGCAAAACAGUUCUGGGAAAUUUGCGAGGUGGCAGUCUACAAAAUUGAGUUAUCAGGAGACUGAAGUAUCCAGAGUUAAAUGAAAUACAGUCUAAAACAGAACUACAGGUUGGUUAAUAUAUACGAGUUAAACAUUGUGCAUUCAAUCAAGUGCAUGGACACGUGUUUGACCUAAGUGGUUGCAUUGACAGGUGCUGGAUUAGUGGCACUGUCGCUUUGAAUGAACCAAUAUUAUUGUCCGACUUUCUUGAAUUAAGUACCUUCAAAAUGCAUUGAAAACAUCUUGAAUUAAGCAUCUUCAAAGUGCAUUGAAAACAUGGUAAGCCUAUCAAAAUAUUGUGGUUAGCACUAAUUCUUUGGCAUUUUUAUUAAUCCGAGUUGGAAUCAUUGACAAUUUCCUGCUUUAACAGCAGUUGAAGUGGGGUACAAGACGUUUUUAUGCCUCUUUUAGGUUUGGUGCACUUUAGUAUUAGCUGUUUGUUGCUUUUUUAAUAGGAUACUGAAUUUCAUGCAGAUGACAGCCGAGAACUUAGUCUGACUAUAUUGUGCAUUAUCGUCACUAGGAAUACGCUGCAUCAAACGUGGAGAGAACUUCAAAGUAGCGCUUGCGUGACGUUCCUGACUUGUAGGUUUUCUUUUAUGUUUCUUUCUUUUUGAAAUCUAGUUCUAUAUGCUCUAAACCCUAGAAAAAUACUGGCAAUCAUGCCCUCGAUAAUUUGCUGUGAUGCUUGUUUACAUGACGCACCGGCAAACUCUGCUCCUGCAAGCAUUGCGAUGACCCUGCACCAGCACAACGCUGAUUAUUAUAUCGCUAUUGCUUAUCUUAUUGACAUUGUAUUUAGCUUUACAUGAUGUCAGCAAAUUUCAUUUCUAUGUCAUCAUGUCAUGAAAAUGUCACUGACACCAGUUCUGGCUUUGAGAGACCAAAAUUUGUGUCCACUGAUAAUUAAGGUAUUUUGCAAGUGUUUCCCAACAUUUGUACUCGCUAAGUGUCAUACAUUUAUGUGCGAGAAGCACGUGGAAGCAAACUUUACAUGUGCGUCGGUACUCCUUAGAAGCUUUGAGCUUAUUGAUCUCCCUUUGUCUUAGCUUUGUACUCCAAAACGCACAGUGCAACUUCAUUGAGCUAUUUUUCUGAAAAUUGGCACGGCAGACAAUGCCUCUGUGCUCUCAUUCAUUCCCCUGAAGUUACCUUUGUUGAUUUUGAUGUUUUAUAGCUUUUGUUGCUGAUAUCUCACUUUUCUUGAUUUCAUUUUUUACACUUACCUUUCUCUCGCUGCUGUUUACAUGUGCCUUUAGCCAUGAUGUUCAGCCUUAGCUGUCAGGCCAAUUUUAAAGCCGUUUCAUGGGGUUCUAGUCCUUCACUUUAUGGAUGAAACUUUUGCUUCUGGAUGAACCUUGCAUAGGUGCCGUUUACUUUAUUGGAUGAAGCAGCAGGAUGGAUACUAUCGUGACCUGCACAAUAUGUCGUGAUCCUUAAGAUAGUGUAAACAGAUGUGUGCUUUUUCUAAAGCGAAUAAACAAAGCUCGCGGUGAGUUAUGUGCCGAAAGAACACUUCUCUCACCAAGUGAAGCUGUAGGUGUGGGAGAAUAUUGCCCGUUUGUGUUCAAGAAGUAUGACGAGGGAGUAAACUUGAUGCAUAUUUAUUGAAAUGAAUGCACAGCCGUCACUGUUGCUUUUCAGAUUUCACAUUGUGACAAAAAAGGGCAGCAGUUCCUUUUCCUUUCUUUACUAAUUGUAAGCAUUAUAAAACUGUAGUUGCAGCUAUGUCUUUGAGUGGAAGUUUGUUUUACUGCACCCAUUAUUUUGAUAGUGAACAGUUUUGUUGUAGCUGUGUUAUAGUGUAAAAGUGUGAAAAGAACACGAACUUGAAUUCUGCCCUAGAAUUCUGCUCACUAAUUCUGUUUUCUGGACGAUCACAUUGCCUGUCAAGUCUUUGCUCUAGUUGUGGCGAGUGAAAUUCAUUGUCACAGACCAUCACCUAAGGUGUUCUCACGCUGCUACUAGUACAGUUGUUUUUCUUCAGCAAUUUUUCUAGCUGCUGCAAACUGCGCUGUUGUGCCUGUAAAAUAGAAAAAAAACAAUUCAGCCUUCGUGUUAGCCUGCAGAGCGUUUGGUACUUACAUGGCUCAUCUUUUAGGACUGUGGCAACAUGGGUAGGUGCAGACCAGACACUAUAGAUAGAAAAUGACAGAAUGCAUUGCACAACAAUUUAUUUAGGAACUGUUGUGACUUACAAAAUGUCAAUGGUUGUUUAAUUCCGCUGAGACCCAGAGGUACAAGUAGACCAACCCUAGGUGUCUCGGCACGUUCAGCACAGUUCGCAAACGACAGGACAUUCAAUUUUAGAUAUUGUGAAGAUGUGCAGAACUGACAUUCCUCAUCACGCUUGUGUAGAAAGCAUAGGUCUUCGCACAUGGAUUAAGCACAGGCACGUUCAGUGAGUCACAAGUUUAGUUAAAGCCUGUUUGUGUUUGAGCACAUGUGAAGCAAGUUGACCUGGCUCAGAAGAAUGGCUGGGCUUUGCUGUGUAGAGUGGUGAUAGAGUGCGGGUGCUUUGUGGGGGUGGUUGUGCUUAUCGUCAUGGCAGGGGGGCUGGUAUAUGUCUGCUGUCACCCUCUCAUUUGUAUUUCUUUGGCAAAGUUUGAUUUAUUGCAUGUCGAUCCCAGUGGUUCGUGAAGAAUUU